CGAGUGUCGUGAACACUGGCCGCCCACUGAAGAUGGCGGCGGAGCUGCAUCCGCGGAGCGGAAAGCUGAUCGGCCUGUCCAACUCGAACCGAACCGCCCGGCGCAACCAGCCAGUCCAGGAGUUCAACCACGGCCUGGUGCUUAGUAAGGAGCCGCUGAGGGACCGGGAUGUCUUCACCGUCCGUAUUGAUAAGAAGGUGAACUCGUGGAGCGGUUCCAUCGAGAUUGGCGUGACGGCGCUGGACCCCGCCGGGCUGGACUUCCCCAGCAGCGCCACAGGCCUUAAGGGCGGUUCCUGGAUCGUGUCGGGCUGCUCGGUGCUACGCGACGGCCGCUCGGUCCUGGAGGAGUACGGCCGCGACCUCGACCAGCUAGCCGAGGGCGACCGGGUGGGCAUCCAGCGCAGCUCCCGCGGGGAUCUCCACCUCUGGGUUAACGGGCAGGACUGCGGUGCGGCCGCGAGCGGCUUGCCGCCCAAACUCUGGGCAGUGGUGGACCUGUACGGAAAGUGCACUCAAGUGACUGUGGUGAGCUGUGAGCCACCCUCAGCAGAGAAAGAGACAAUAGAGCAGGAGGACGAGGAGGACGAGGAUGAGGAGGACGAGGAGGAAGAGAUGGUGGUGUGCGGGGGUCAAGGGGAUGUAGGGAUCACGGCACUGAUGAAUGUGGCAGCAAUGAAUGGAAUGAUGAAUGGAGAUGAAGUGCCUGAGCUUAGCUGCAGUCACAGCAGACCAGACAAGUUCCCCAACAACCUGGAGCCUGACACAGUUCUAACAGAGCACCAGCUCUUUGAUGUGUUCAACAACGCAAUAGUAUCUUUUUAUCGCGCUGAGGAUGAGGGUGGAGGGGGAGAUGGUGGCGGUGGAGGAGGAGCAGGAGGCGGCGGCAAUGCAGGAACUGACUCCUCUGCCAGAAAUGACAGAGGGAGCAGCAGCGGCAGCAGUGGAGGAGGCGCGGUCAACAGCGACAGUGGGGUGGCGACAACAGGAGGAGGAGGAGGAGGAGGAGCUGGAGAAAGUGGAAAUACUAAUAACAGCCCGGCUGGUAACGGAGGGGUCGGGCCAGGGGUUGUGACAGGCGGGAUGACCACCAACGACGCACUGCUGUUCCACGAGAAAUGUGGCACACUGAUCAAACUGAGCAACAACAACAAAACGGCGGAGCGGAGGAGACCACUGGACGAGUUCAACAACGGCGUGGUGAUGACAAACCGGCCGCUCCGACACAACGAGAUGUUUGAGAUCCGCAUUGAUAAGCUGGUGGACAAGUGGUCAGGCUCAAUAGAGAUCGGCGUGACCACACACAAUCCCAACAACCUGGACUAUCCUGCAACCAUGACCAAUCUGCGCUCAGGUACAAUCAUGAUGAGUGGCUGUGGGAUACUGACCAAUGGGAAAGGAACCCGCAGGGAAUACUGUGAAUUCAGCCUUGAUGAACUUCAGGAGGGAGAUCACAUAGGGUUGAUGCGCAAAGCAAGUGGAGCGCUCCAUUUCUACAUCAAUGGCAUAGACCAAGGUGUUGCGGCAGCCCAGACCCCCGGUGUGGUCUAUGGUGUGGUUGAUCUCUACGGCAUGGCCGUCAAAGUCACCAUAGUCCACAACCACAACCACAGUGACCGCCUCAGACGCAACAACGCCAUCAUGAGGGCUUUAUCGCCCGACGUCGGCCGGCCCAGGCCCUCUCUUUCCCUCACGCCAGACUCGGAGGGGCCCGACCGACUUCUGUUCCACUCCAACUGUGGCCAGAAGGCCGCCAUUAUCAGUGAGGGCAGGACGGCGCUGCGCCCACAUGCGACUGAUGACUUCAACCAUGGCGUGGUCCUGAGCAGCCGGCCGCUGCGCUCCAACGAGGUGUUCCAGGUUCGGAUUGACAAGAUGGUGGACAAGUGGGCGGGUUCCAUCGAAAUCGGUGUCACAACGCACAACCCUGCAUACCUGCAGCUGCCCUCCACCAUGACCAACCUGCGCUCAGGGACGUGGAUGAUGACGGGGAACGGCGUGAUGCACAACGGAACGACAAUACUGGAUGAGUACGGACACAACCUGGACCGGCUCAAGGCAGGUGACACAGUAGGCGUAGUGCGGAAAGAAGAUGGUAGCCUCCACUUCUUUGUAAACGGUGUGGCUCAGGGUCCAGCAGCCUGGAACGUCCCUCCCAGUGUCUACGCCGUGGUCGACCUCUACGGCCAGGCUGCUCAGGCCACCAUCAUGGACGACAUGGUGGACCUCCCCCCUCUCCCAGAGGACAGCUCAGAGGGCCCCACGGCCAUGUCCCCCGGGAGCCCCUGCUCAGUAGGAGGGGCCAGCACCACCAACGACCUGCGUUUCCACCACCUACACGGCACCAACGCCGUCAUCACCAAUGGGGGGCGCACCGCCCUGCGGCAGAACUGUCGCAGCGAGUUCAACGACGCUAUUGUCAUUUCCAACAGGUGCCUUCGAGAUGGGGAGCUGUUUGAAAUUGUUAUUCAGAAGAUGGUGGACCGCUGGUCGGGAUCAAUAGAAGCAGGAGUGACGGCCAUCAGGCCAGACGAGCUUGAGUUUCCCAACACUAUGACUGACAUCGACUAUGACACUUGGAUGCUCAGUGGAACGGCCAUCAUGCAGGAUGGCAACACGAUGCGCAACAACUACGGUUGUGACCUGGACUCCCUGACCACGGCCUCACGAAUUGGCAUGAUGCGCUCAGCUACUGGUGACCUCCACUAUUACAUCAACGGCAUGGACCAAGGUGUCGCCUGCUCCGGUCUGCCACCAGAGGUGUAUGCUGUGAUCGACCUGUAUGGUCAGUGUGUUCAGGUGUCCAUCACCAGUUCCUCAGGCCCGCUGGACAACAGCCUCUGUACCAGCAAUAUCACAGAGAAGAGCUUCCCCAUCCACUCACCAGGUACACGUCAGGGUCAGGGUGCUCAGGUCUGGAAAGCCUUGAAAAACCUGAAAAAUAUAGUAGCAGGCGUGGCCCAUCGGCUCCACAGCAAACACGGCAAGAACGUGGUGCUGCUCGGUGAUGGCUGCCAGGCCGUCAGAGUUGGUGGCUAUGCUCAUGGCAUUGUGUUCAGUGGGAAGGAACUCAAAGCAGACGAGCUGUUUGAGGUGAGGAUUGAUGAGGUGGAUGAGCAGUGGUGCGGUUCGCUGCAUAUCGGUCUGACCACACUGGCACCCCCGGAGCUGCCGUCCUGCCCGCUGUCAGGUCUCUCCCCCUCCCUCCCGCAGCUUCGCACCAAGGUCACCUGGCUGCUCUGCGGCUCUGAGGUCCGUCGCAACGGUGUGCUGCAGCGCCAGAACUACUGCUGUUCACUGGACCGGCUGACGGUCGGGAACCGUGUGGGUGUGAAGAGGUGCAGCGACGACACCAUGCACAUCUUCAUCGAUGGAGAAGACAUGGGACCUGCAGCGACUGCAGUAGCCAAGAAUGUGUACGCAGUUUUGGACCUGUAUGGACGGAUAACGGCAGUGUCCAUCGUGAGCGCUUCGUUGAUGGAGGACAUGGAAAGCGUCAAGGCGCCCUCGCUCUCCUCAGACAGCUGCAGCGAAGGAGAGGAGGACAGCACCCCAGUCAGAGAGGUGGAGACGGAGCCGUGUGCGCUGGUGCCCACCGUCAUGGCGUUCCUGGAAAACCACGGCAAAAACAUCCAGCUGUCCAAUCAGAACCUGACAGCGGCCAGAGUAUCCAGCUACAACCAGGGUCUGCUGGUCACUGCGCAGCCGCUGGCUCGCCAGCAGCUGUUCCAGUUUCAGAUCGACCGUCUGAACCCGUCAUGGACGUCGUCGCUGUCGUUAGGGGUCAUAGGUCACUCCCCCGACCGUCUCAACUUCCCCUCCACAGCGUGUUGUCUGAAACGCUCCGCCUGGCUGCUGCAGAGAGACUCUGUCUUCCACAACUCUCUAAAGACUUGUGAGAACUAUGGUCCUAAUCUGGACACUUGUCCGGAGGGGACGGUGUUGGGUCUGCUGGUGGACGCCAACAGUUGUCUCCACCUCUACGUCAAUGGCAUGGACCAGGGUGUGGCAGCGCAGGACAUUCCUUCGCCCUGCUACCCCUUCAUCGACCUCUACGGCCAGUGUGAACAGGUUACUAUAGUUACAAACAACGUGCCAGCUGUGGAUGGAGAGAGCGGUGAGGCCCGUUGUCAGGGUGACAUGGAGAAGGCGGACAUGGUUGACGGAAUCAAAGAGAGUGUGUGCUGGACACCGCCUCCCGAGGUCAACCCCAACAAGACCUGCGAGUACCAGGCGCUGUGCUCGCGCUUCAAGGAUCUGCUCACGUUACCAGAUGGAUAUUUUAACGAAGACGCGAAGUACAACCUGUGCUACUGUGAGUCCUGCCACAAGCUCCGGGGUGACGAGGCGUACUACAAAAGAGGAGAGCCGCCGCGGGACUACGCCCUACCCUUCGGAUGGUGCCGUUUCGCCCUCAGGAUCAAGCCCCACUGUGAGGUUUCUAAUGCACUGAAGAAGUGGCACAUCGCGUACCACGGCACCAGCGUAGGAGCUCUGCGACGUACGCUGGACCACAGCCAGCUGCUGGCUGGGACGUCGUCCAUCUUCUCAGUGUCCCCGGUAAAGGCGGAGGGGCCUAACGGCUACAGCGAGCCAGAGGAGAACAGCGCCCCCGGCAGGGAGGUUCCCAGAGUGCGGCUCUCUCCCACUAUGCGCUACUCCGGCAUGGAGAUCUUUGCCCCUAAAGUGCAAUUCCAGGACCCCCGUUCUCACCGCUGCCACCAGGCUCAGGUGGGAUUCCAGGUGUGUGUGCGUCCCGGCUCCUACAAGGUGGGACCCCAGACGCUUGGCCACAGCGAGCCCCUUGACCCUCGCUUCAGCAACUCAGAGAUCGAGUGGAUCACUAAGGAGCAGGGCGGCACGCUCCUCUAUGGACUGCUCAUCCGGGUCGAGUGACCGGAGCGGGCGCGGGAGGCAUUCGGGUACAAGUGUGGGGAGGGGGGGGGGAGUCCGUUUGGCGCUCCUCGUACUUUUAAAUGAACUGACAACCAAAUCCAACCCCUGCCUUGAGCGAGAGACUCCUCUGGAAUCCAGCUGUUCCUACUGUGGAUUGUUGACAAUUCAGCAUUAUUGAUUUGUUUUGUUUAUUUAGUUGGUUUUUGGUUGUUUGCUCUUGGACUCUUUUAAUGGCCGGGGGCGACGGCGGUUUCAAAGAAGAACAGACACUGCCUGCACUUUAUGUUUCAGACACUCGUGGGCGAUUUUUAAACUAACUUCUCAUCGACACAACAUGUUGGUUCAUUCGCUACAGUUAGUUAUGUUGCCACAUUUUUGUUCUCAUUCUUCCAACUUGUUUUCUUCCACCCUCAAACAGCUUUUUUUUCCCUUUUGGCAUUUAUUUUAACACUUGUCACCUCUGCUCUGGUCAGUGUUUUAUUUUAGGGGGCGCUGUCCCCUGCAAAUCUGCACGUUUAUGGACUGUCACCUAAAAAGACUGAAACGUGGGUAAAAGAAAAUUUAAAAUAAAAAAAUACAAAAAUAGAAGGAAAAAAAACAGACACUUGAAUCUGAGAAUGAACCCAAGAGUGUCUUGUGAUUGUCUUUGAGGGGUGGGGAUUUUAAAACUGGAGGAAGAAAAAAAAAUGUUUACACAUGUACCUCUGUAUGUUGCUGUCCUCUUCAUGUCUCCACAUUAGCAGUCUGGCUACUUUAUCAGUCCUGUUUGCAUUUCUGUUCUGGCUGGUCUUGUUAAGUGGAAAAUUAUUCACAGACUUUAAAACUGUGGAGAAAACUGGAGGGUUUGAAACCUCCUGCACCUUUUGGGAAGCUAAAACUUAUUAUAUAUUGAGAUAAUGAAUGGUAAAUUUUGGAUGAUGGAUGAUAAGAUGUCUGUUUGGUUAAUAUGAAGCUACAACAAGCGGCCGGCUAAUUUAGCUUAGCGACAAGACUGAAAGCAAUCCAAAGCCAUUAAAUUCCCAAAGUAAACAUGCUUUGUCAUGUUUGUUUAAUCCUUAGGUUACAGAAACAGAAGUGCAAAAAUGAGCGUUCGCCAUUUUACAUUUAGUGCUGAACUAUUUAUUGGCCAGUAAUAAACGGCUAAUGUUAAUUAGUGAGUGUUAAAAGCUGCUGAUUGGUGGGUUUGUGGCUGUAGCUUCAUGUUAGCGUACGGAGCCGGUGUGAGUUGCGCACUAAGAUACGUGGUUAUCUUUUCAUCUUGCAAACUCUAGUCAAGAAAACGAAUUUCCCAAAAUGAUGUUUUUAAAAAUGGACUGAAGCCAAAAGGUUCAAGUGGUUUUCCCACAUCACUCCUGCUGUCUCGCCCCCCCCCCCCACGCAUUGUUUACUGUAGACCCACUCACACCUCCACGCUGAUCUAGCUAUUCACCAUGUCCGACUCUGUUCCCCUUGCAACGACGAGAAUCAAUUCAAGAUCAGCAGGAGGACAUCUGCAUCCCACGACCUUCACCGGUGUUUACAUGUGAAUGUUAUUAAGUAGGGCUCUGCAGAUCUUUCAGUUUAACUAACGCUGAUUUACACGUGUCAAAUGUUUAUACAAGGGUUUUAUUUGAUCUAAAACAUCCACCUAAUGGUUGAUUGAAUGUGAAGAAGCUUUUUCAAAGCGUGUCUUUGUUUUUCACACCAUUCUCAGUCCUGUUGCCAAUUUGAUAAAAACCUGCAUUGAACCCCCCCCCCCCCCAACAUUUUUCAAGGCACAGUUCUGAUGAGUCAAACUCAUUGAGGAAAAAAUAAAAGGACAAAAAUAAAAGCUCAGUCACCUUCUAAGAGCAGCUGUGAUCUGACUGAUGGAAGAUGAUCUAGGGGGGUUGGCAACACUUCCAAACAGAAAUGUGAAAUAUUAUUACAUGGGUUAUUUACAGCCCAGUGCUGCUUUGUACAAUUUAAUUUGUAUUGUUUUAUUUUUAUUUUGUUUUCUGUAUGUUGCGUUGUACAGGCUGUUACAUAACAAAUCAUAUCUUCCUGAUUUAUAAAAAAUAAAAAAUAAACUGACAGUAUGCACAGAA